AUGGCACCUUCCGCCAUUUCCCCUUCGCCUUCGCCUGCUGCCCCGGCAUCACUGGCCAGUUACCGUGGCUAUGACCAUGUGCACUGGUAUGUUGGAAAUGCCAAGCAAGCGGCGAGUUACUAUAUCACCCGCAUGGGAUUCAAGCGUAUUGCCUAUCGGGGCCUGGAGACCGGAAGCCGCAGCAUCUGCUCCCAUGUGAUUGGGAAUGGCGACAUCGUCUUUAUUCUCACGUCUCCCCUUCGCUCUCUUGACCAGAUCGACCGCUUCAGCCCCGAGGAGCAAACCCUCUUGCGUGAAAUCCAUAGUCACCUUGAGAAACAUGGCGAUGCAGUUAAAGACGUUGCUUUCGAGGUCGACGAUGUUGAUGCCGUCUACUCUGCAGCCGUGAAGAAUGGUGCCAAGUCAGUUUCGGCUCCGCAGACCCUGGAAGAUGACGGAGGCCAAGUCAAGACUGCCACGAUCCAAACCUAUGGAGAAACCACCCAUACGCUUAUUGAGCGAAGCCAGUACCACGGCGCUUUCUUGCCAGGAUACCGUCUAGAGGGAGGCGAAGACCCGGUUGCAAAGCUCCUGCCUGGUGUGCACCUCACCCGCAUUGACCACUGUGUCGGAAACCAGGACUGGGACGAAAUGGACAAGAUUUGUGAAUACUAUGAGAAAGCCCUUGGAUUUCAUCGUUUCUGGUCCGUGGAUGACAGCCAAAUCUGCACGGAAUUUUCCGCACUCAAGAGCAUCGUCAUGGCCUCGCCCAAUGACGUCGUGAAGAUGCCGAUCAACGAGCCUGCGAAGGGGAAGAAACAGUCUCAGAUCGAAGAAUACGUCGACUUCUACAACGGCGCCGGUGUGCAGCACAUUGCGCUGCUGACGGACGACAUUAUCCGGGACAUCACCAACUUGAAGGCCCGCGGCCUGGAGUUCAUCAAAGUCCCCGAGACUUAUUACAUAGACAUGAGGGCCCGAUUAAAGAAAUCGGGCUUGGUGCUUGAAGAGGAUUUCGAAACGAUCCAGAGCUUGGAUAUCCUCAUCGAUUUUGAUGAGAAUGGAUAUCUGCUGCAGCUUUUCACGAAGCACAUGAUGGAUCGUCCUACUGUGUUCAUCGAGAUUAUUCAGCGCCACAACUUCUCAGGCUUCGGCGCCGGAAACUUCAAGUCGCUGUUUGAGGCUCUUGAGCGAGAACAGGAGCAGCGCGGCAACUUGGUAUGA